AUGGUGGCUAUACACCAGGCAUUCUUCGUUUUAAUAUUCUUAGCCACGAUCACACAUGGACUUCCACCGAGAAUCUUGGCCGCGAGGGACACGGACCUUUCGAAAAGGGCAUAUAAAUGGUACAACUACUGCCCACCCAUAUAUUACGACUUAGUCGAGCGUACCUUUUCGAAUUCGAUCAGAAUUAUAUCGAAAACGGCCACAAAGUUAGGUGAUGUACAAACAUUUCUGGACUUUCGGCCCGAAAGACAAGAUGCAACUCCCUACGAGCGCGUCAUUCUCCAGACAUUUGAGGCCAUCUAUGGCAAGGUGUUGUGGGAUCCUACUGAGACGAAUCAUACGGUCAACAACAAUGCAGGGUAUAGAAGACUCACACGUGUACUGGAUAUGGCAACAAAACUGGCCAGUAUUCCUAUUGAUGCUACGCUCGAGCGCCAACUUUCGGUAUUGUGCGACGAGGGGUUUUGGGAAUACAAGUUCAGUAUUGCUGCAGAGAGCGCUGAUUAUUACCUGGAUACUCGGCCAGCAGGCUAUGGUGGUGGCAGAUUGAUGAAACUGACCGGCUCGUCAUGCGUUGGCCAAACCUUGGCCUACUCAUGGUCGAGCGCAACACACUACAUUGACAAUGUCGUACUUUGCCCAGGGUCAUUGAAAUUUUGGGCUAGCCAACAGAAUUCCGGGAUUAACGGUUUCCUUCAAGAGGACAUCAAGAGUUGGGGGGGCUAUAUUUGGACUCUCAGCGUGACGACGCUUCUCUGGAGCGAAGGUACAUUUAUUCAUGAGUUAACGCAUGGACAGCAUCUAUUAGGGCCGGGUUUGUGGACAAUGGAUUUGCCAUGUCCAUCCGACCCGGAGAGUGGUUCUUAUGGGUGGAAUUGUAUUACUGAGCUUGGUGAAAAGAGUCCAGAUGACUCUGUACGGAAUGCUGACAGUUUCGCCUAUCUUGCAAUUGCUUUGUAUCUGGAUAAUGCCGAUUGGCAUAAAUUCGCCAACCCCGACUCCAAAGCCUACACCAAGCCCUACAUCAAACCCAACGUCAAGUCCAAUGUCAAGCCCAACGUCAAACCCUACGUCAAGUCCAAUGUCAAGCCCUACGUCAAGCCCUACGUCAAACCCUAUGUCAAGUCCAACGCCACGGAAUUCGCCACGGAAUUCGCCAACCCUGACUCCAAAAGGUUCUUGAGGUGGGUAUAUAUUGAGCAGUAUUAUAUCUCAAGGAAAUCUCAGACAAGCGAAUAG